GUAUCUGUUCCUCCUCUUUUUGGCUUUUCAAUAUUUGAUUAGGGUUUGAUGAUCCUUUGUUAACUACCAGCAGCGAUGAUGUCUAUUUACUAAGCUUUGGAACCAACCACAAUGAUCGAUGGCCUAUUCUUUGGGCUGUUUUUGACAAUACAAUCUCCUCUACAGCGUUUGGGCAUUCUUACUGCGCUGUUUGAGACCGCAGAGAGUAGCAAGCCACCUCCAUAAGCUCAGAUGGAGAUGAAUAAUAAGGAAUGCUUUUCGGAUGACUUAGAGGCUUUGCUUUUCCUUUCAAUGAAAGCUUUUGGGGAUAAAGUUCUGUUGUGGACAACAUUGGCAGGAGGUUGGCAACAGUUUGAUUGGUGCGUUGGCCAUAGGUCAUCUUCUGUACUUCUUGGGAAGAAUGUUUGUUGUCAUGGUCUCAGAUUUGGAAAUUCAGGUCUAAGCAACAGAGGAAGAAGAAGGGGAAAGGACAGGGAGAUUCUGACGAUAGAGAAAAAUAAAAGAAAAGCCUGUGUUGCUUGGUGUCUCUUUUAUAGGCAUGUAUAAACCAAUUCUUAUUCUUAUUAAUUUGAUCAAUUCCUUAAAAUUA